AAACAGACCCUGAAUCGGUUCCUGUUCAAGCUGGAGAAACAAACAUGGCUGCUACAGGAGCCGGGGCUCCGGUGCGGCUGGUCCAGUAUGUGGUUGUCCGGUCGGACCUGGUGCACCAGCUGUCCUGGCCCCUGGGAGCCGUGAUCACCCAGGCUUGCCACGCUGCCACCGCCGCCAUACACCUCCACUACCAGGACCCGGACACCCAGCGGUACCUGGAGGAGCUGGACUCCAUGCACAAAGUGGUGCUGGGGGCUCCAGACGAAGCCGCUCUCUCUAAUCUAUCAGAGACUCUUACAAAGGCCGGCAUUGCCCACAAACUGUGGAUCGAACAACCAGAGAACAUCCCCACCUGCCUGGCUCUGAAACCCUGCGCUAAAGAGACUGUCCAGCCGCUGCUGCGCAAGUUCAAGCUCUUCAAAUAAAGACAUUGUCCCGCGCCGUACUCCAAUGCAUAUCAGGAACUUGUUUCAUGUUCAAAAGGAAAUAAUGUGUGCUCUUCUCAUCGAUGCAUCAAAACAUGUUGAAGAUUAAAAUGGGAAAAUAUGAA